GGGACGAGCCCUGAUGCUCAAUCUGGGAACUGCAAAAACUUGCAGAAGGAGAAGCUGCCUGAAAACCUGCUGUCGGACCUAAGCCUGCAGAGCCUGACGGCGCUCACCUCCCAGGUGGAGAACAUCUCCAACACCGUCCAGCAGCUGCUGCUCUCCAAAGCAGCUGUGCCCCAGAAAAAGGGCAUCAAGACCCCAGCGAGGACUCCCGAGCAGCUCAAGGGGCAGCACUGCAGCCCUGAGAGCAGCACCUACUCAGCGGAGCAGGUAGGGACCCCCCUAUCCGACCCACUGAGCACCCCCCAGUCCGUCCAUGCUGAGACACAGGAUGCAGAUUAUCUCAGCGGGUCAGAGGACCAGCUGGAGAGGAGUUUCCUGUACUGCAACCAGAACCGCAGCCCUGCCCGCGUAAACAGCAACUCCAAGGCAAAGCCUGAGUCAGUGUCCACCUGCUCUGUGACCUCCCCAGAUGACAUGUCUACCAAAUCAGAUGACUCCUUCCAGAGCAUCCACGCUAGCCUGCCCCUGGACACCUUCACCAAGUAUGUGACCAAUGAACGGGACUGUCCCCGGCUGCUCCUCAGUGCCCUGUCCCAGGAGGAGCUGGCUUCUGAGAUCAUUGUCCUGCAGGAUGCCAUCAGUGAGAAGGGAGACAAAGCCUGGGCCAACUCACCCAUGUUGAGCAAGGAAGCCACCAAGUCCCCUUUCCAGAUGGAGAACCACCGUCCCUGCCUGGACUCCAUGCUGAAGGGUGCCUGGCCCAGCCAAGGUGACUCCAGCACACUCACUGAACCCCUCAAGCUGGACAAGGCUUCAGGGGCCAGCACGGGGAAGGACUUUGGUGAGGAGGUGUAUGAUGGUCAGCAGGUGGAGUUUGCUGCCACCAAGAACAAGGACGCACUGAAGGACACUGCCUCGCUGACCUUCAACUCCAAGCCCAGCAUCCCGGCGGCAACCUCGAGCGCCGGAGCUGCCGGAUACAGCUGCUAUUCCAACACCACCGCUAACUCAGGGGGGUCUGAGAACGCCAUGGAGCCCUUCGAGUGGCCAGAGGAGAGCCUGGGCGAGGCCUGCCUGAGGUGGAAGGAGCUGCAAGCCACCGACCUCCCCAAGGGCUUGUUCCCCAGCAAACUGGUGGGCUCCUGCAAGGAGAAAAAAAAUGCCUGUGGCUUGGAUCUGUGUGAUGGUGAGCAGCAGGCCAAGAGUGAGCCAGCCCAGGACUUUAGCCAGCAGGCGAUGGAGGAAGAAGAGGAAGAGACACUGACCUACGAUGAGGCCACAAAGGCGGACAGUGAGAGGUGGCUGCAGGACACCCGGCACUGCUGCUCGACUGGGGACUUCAGUGAGAUUCCCAUCAUCUCCUCGCCGGAGCUGAAGGAGUCAGACCUGGAGGCAGAGGAGUACUCCUCGCUUUGUGAGCUGGCCAGCUCGGAGCAGAAGUCGGUGACGUAUGACGCCUCAUCGCCAAAGCCCCCAGAGAUACCUGCCGUGCUGUCCUCCAGUGAUGUGCCGGUGUCUGCUGAGGAGACUGUCAGUGCGGUGGAAAAGGAGAGCUCAGCUUCUGCUGCUCGCCUCUCCGGCCAGUCUGUCAUCCUGCUGGGCCCUGCCGUGGGCACAGAGACCAAGGUGAAGAGCUGGUUCAAGUCCUCCCUGCCUCACAUCCAGCCCGAGGAGGAGAGCAGCAGAGGGGAGGUGUCCCACCCAGAGGCAGCCAAUGCUGAAUCCACCCCGUCAGUCACAGUGAAGCAGCUGCUCACCUCUGAAAACACACGGGGGAAAAUGGAGCCGGUCUCACGGGGCAAGAGCCUCAAGUCCUCCCUGCCUCACAUCCAGCCCGAGGAGGAGAGCAGCAGAGGGGAGGUGUCCCACCCAGAGGCAGCCAAUGCUGAAUCCACCCCGCCAGUCACAGUGAAGCAGCUGCUCACCUCUGAAAACACACCAGACGGCCAGGCAGAGGUGCCUAGCAAGAGCGCCCAGAGCCAAACACCCCGGUUUCCAGCCGAGGGUCUGCCAGCGCGCAUGUGCACCCGCUCCUUCACUGCCCUCACUGAGCCCCGUGCUCCGGCACCGCUGGAGGCGCUGAAGGUCCCCGCGCACCAGGAGAAGCUGGGGAAGAAGCCGGCCUGUGGCGUCAAGCAGCGGGUGGCUUUCAAAGCCAGGAAGCGCAGCGGCCGACCAGUCCCCAAGGUGGUCCAAAACCCUGGUGAUGCCACCCUCCUGGUGCCCAGCUUGGUGACAGUGGAGGAGGCAGCGGGACCGACACCACCGGAGGGGGACACAGUAGAGGUGGGGGAGAGGGACCAGCGGUCAAUGAUCCUGCGCUCCCGGACGAAGACGCAGGAGGUUUUCUACACCAAGAGGCGGCGGGGCAAGCGGGCUGCUGACGUCCGGCUGAAGAACUGCAAAGUGCCCAAGAAGCUCAUCAACAACCACCUGCCGCCUGCCUUCAAGUUGGCAGCCCCAGGCAGCCCCCACAAAGAGGGGAAGGUGAACGCCAGGAUGAAGCUCCCCAAAGCAGGGCCAGGGGUGGGGGGCAAGAUGUCUGAGAGGCCCCUGCACUCUCUGAAGAGGAAGUCCACCUUCAUCUCCCCCAUCCCCGCCAAGAAAAGGAACCUGGUCUUGCGGAGCAACAAUGGUGGCAUGAAGGAGGAAAAGCCAGAGGGUCCCCCCAGCCUCUUCAAGAAGAUGCCUGUGGCCAAGAAGGUGAAAGCCAAGCUGCCCCCCAAGAGCUCUGGUGAAGCCAUCCCAAAGCACCCUCCACCGAAGGAAGCCCCUGAUGUCUGCAUCAAGAUCACCUCCCGGGCAGCCUUCCAGGAGGCCACCAAGACCAAAGUGCUGCCUCCUCGCAAAGGCCGUGGCCUCAAGCUGGAAGCCAUUGUCCAGAAGAUCACCUCGCCCAACCUGAAGAAGUUUGCUUGCAAACCAGUGGCCACGGCGGCAGCGGCCACAGUGACCACCUAUGGCACCUCCCUAAGCCUGGCAGGGGUGGAGAGGGAGCGGGCGGUGAAGCAUGGCGGGGUGGCCCUGGGUGACACACGGCUGCCCAAGCCAGUGGCAGCACAGAAGGGUCCCGGCACACUGAUGGCUGGGAAGCGCUGCCGAAACCCCAGUGGGAAGCUCUACGGGCUGCAGGAGGCCGUCAAGGCAGCUGCCGACCUGAAGUGCUCGAGCUGCCAGCAAGCGGGAGCCACCGUGAGCUGCUGCCAGAAGGGGUGUCCCCACACCUACCACUACGCGUGUGCCAUCGACACAGGUUGCUUAUUAACCGAAGAGAGCUUCUCUUUGAAAUGUCCCAAACAUAAGGGUUUUAUCCUGGUGUAA